AUGUAUUUUUCAGGAAUUUAGCCAACAGGAAAAAUGCAUAUAGGCAAUUAUUUGGGUGCAGUUAGAAAUUGGGUUAAAUUAUAAUAAACAGGAAAUCAAAAUAUAUACUGUAUAGUUGAUUUACAUGCUUUAACUGAUAAAUUAACAAUAGAUCAUGAAAUCAAAUUUGAUUAGAAUACAAAAUCAGAUACAUUGUCUCUUGCAGCUACAUUAAUUGCAUCUGGAAUCAAUCCUAACAAAUCUAUAUUCUUUGUCUAGAGUCAUGUACCUGAACAUGCAGAAUUAUAAUGGAUUCUAUCAUGUGUUGCCCCUAAAAAUUGGCUUAAUAAAAUGACAUAAUAUAAGGAUAAAAAGAAGGAAUAUUCAACUCUUGGAUUAUAUACAUAUCCAUUAUUGAUGGCAGCAGACAUUAUACUUUAUCAGUAAUUAAUUAAAUUUAUUUAGGGCAUAAUAUGUGCCUGUUGGUUUAGACUAGAAAUAACAUAUUGAAUUAACUAGAGAUUAUGUUUAAAGAUUAAAUUCUCUUUUUAAAUUAAAUAUUGUAGAACCUUAAUAUUUGGAAUGUAAUUGAAAAUGGAUGUUAUCAUAGCUACUUGUCCAAAAAUUAUGAGUUUAAGAGAUGGUAAUAAAAAAAUGUCCAAAUCAGAUACAAUUGAUGGAAAUAGAAUUAAUAUAGAUGAUUCAAAAGAGGAGAUUUUUGAAAAAAUUAAAAGGUCAAAAACUGAUUCAAUUCCAUAAAUAUAUUUUGAUUAAGAUAAAAGACCUGAAAUCUCUAAUCUUUUGAGAAUAUAUUAAGCCUUUAGUAAUAUGAGUAUAGAACAAGUUAUAGAUAAGUAUUAAACAAAAACAACUGUUGAUUUUAAACGAGAUUUAUCUGAAUUGAUUUCUAAUGAAUUAAAUAAUAUUGCUGAGAAAAAGAAAUAAAUUCUUUAGAAUCAAAAUGAAUUAGAAUAAAUGUUGAAAAUUGGUAGUAUAAAAGCUAGAGAAAUAGCUUCUAAAAAUUUGAGAUUGAUAAAAGAAAAUAUAGGAUUAUUAGUUUGA